AUGGCCUUACAAGAGAAUUCCAAUAACCAACAAGAUGCCACCAUAGCACAACUCGAAUCCGCUGGAAAUGAACUCGAUCUUCUGAAAUUGUCCGGUGACAUAGAUGCUCAUUUGUUGGAUGCCAGUUUAGAUGAAUACCAGUAUUAUCUCGAUCAAUUGGAAGCCACCCGUUCUCAUCUCGAUACCAUUUUAGCCGACACGGCCGCGAUCCUCGAUGAAUUAUCUGAGAUCUCCGCCUCAUUCAAGAGGAUUGAUGUCCAGACCAAGACUUUUCGCAAGCAAUCCGCCGUAAUUCUUGAAGAACAACGUAAAAAUGACUCCAUCGCUCAAGAAGUUGCCGACAAUCUGCGGUUUUAUGAACCUUUGGAACGUAUCACCAGAAGACUCAAUGCCCCCGGUGCUGGAGCAUUUGUUCGAAGUAAAGAUUUCUCUGAUAUGCUUGUCACAUUGGAUGAAUGUAUCGACUAUAUGCAGACACAUACCAGUCAUAAGGAAGCGGAAACUUUUCGAUCCCGUUAUAGGUUGUUAUUGACCAGAGCACUCACCUUAGUUCGAAAUACCUUUAUGGCUGGAGUCAGAGAGACAACAACCGAAGUUGCAGGAAGGAUAGCAGCUAAACAACUGAAUGAUACCACCAUGUCCGCAUUGUUGUAUGCCAAAUUCCGCGUGGGAGCAGAGGAGAUGAAACAACUUGGACUGGAAAUCCAAAAGCGCGCCAAUCCUCCUGUGGACGCAGAUCCCGGUACAGAAGGGGAAUAUCAAAGUCUGAUGAAUGAACUACAUGCCAGCUUUGCUGCUUGUCGAGCCAGAUUGAUCUUACCUAUCGUUCAAAGGCGACUCACGGAAAUUGGACAAGCUCCGAGUUCUAAAGAUCUUGUUCAGCUUGCACGCUCCAGUAUUAGUUAUGUUCGAGGCAUGUGCUUGGAUGAAUUUGAACUCUGGGGAGAAUGGUUUCAUGGCUAUCGGGGAUUAUAUGAAUUCCUCGAAUCCAUCUGUGAGCCACUUUACGACCAUCUUCGUCCACGCAUCAUUCAUGAGAACAAAUUGUCGAAACUUUGCUCUCUUGUGACGUUACUUCAAACGAGAUAUUUACAUGAUGAGGAAGAGGAUGGUCCAGUGGACAUGAAUCAACUUGAUUUCUCCUCUCUGAUUCAGCCAGCUUUGGAGGAUGCACAAACUCGUCUACUUUUUCGAGCACAGGCAAUUCUUCGAGAUGACAUUGAAAAUUUCAAACCAAAGGCCGAAGAUCUUGAUUAUCCACGACUCACUUCAAGACCACCCACAGCGAAUACACCUCUUUCUGGUCGUCGGAAAUCACGAGAUCCGUUAACACCUAGGACUCCGGAAAUUGCUGAUGAAGAUUCUGGAGAUGAGGGUGCCUUUUCUUGGACUAUUGCGUCCCGUCGUUCAGGACUUCAGAAUUGCUAUCCUACACUUGCGAAGGCGAUUCAACUUCUUUCUCGGAUAUAUCGACUAGUGAAUUCUUCUGUUUUCGAUGAUCUUGCACAUCAAAUUGUUCAUCAAACUACCAUUUCUCUCCAUUUGGCUUCACUACAGGUUUCUUCCAGAUCCUCUGCGGCUGAUGGACAACUCUUCCUCCUACGGCAUUUGCUUCUUCUGAAGUCCCAAAUCGUGGCAUUUGAUAUCGAAUUUGUGACUCCUGAUGUGUCGUUUGACUUUUCUGGUGUCGCGAGCACGUUUUAUGAAUUACGUGAGCGAGGUGGUCUUUUCAAUCCUAGGAGUUGGAUGAAGCUUUUCAGCACGGGAGGACUAUUACCGAGAGUUGUUGAAAACAUGCUAGAUGCAAAAGUCGAGCUUGAUGGUCGUCUCCGAACGGUCAUUAAUGAUUUCACCGCGGGGUUUGCCAAUGAUAUGACAAAGGAAUUACCCAGGGAUAUCGACAAAGCGAACGUCAAGAAUGAUAGUCUGGAUAAAGCCGUUUCCGCGACCCGGAAGACCGUCGAGGCGGAAAUCCCCAUCAUUCGCGCCAAACUAGAACAAUAUAUUGAUGACAUCCGCACUCGCGAGACGCUGGUCGCUGCCGUAGAGGAUCAAGUCGUGCAGAUCUAUGAAGCGUUUUUCGAUGGCUAUGUCAGACGAGUAGGAGGGAACGGCAAGAUGAACGGCGCGAAUCAGAUAUCCCGUAAAGGCAAGGGGCCGGAAAAUACUGUCUGGGACAUCGAUACGUUCGCCGAGUGGGCUGAAGGACUCUUCAAUGUUGCCUUGCCCAAUGUCGAAGAUGACGCGGAGAGCAAUGUCGUGAGUAGGAGUUUGUCCAGGAGCGGGAGUCCCUAA